AUGCUACAAGAUCCCAGUGUCCAAAUCUCCAAAGUCUCAAAUAUUAAAUACCUCACACCAAUAGUAUUGCACGACUCAAACGAUAGACACUACUAUAUUUCUCUUCUCUAUAGAAUAGCCAAUCCCGGUGUUCACUACAUACUGUGCCGUAAACUCAGGAGCAUGAAUGUAAGAGAAGAGAUACCACAGCUGGUUGAAAUCAUGCUAAAAGGAUAUACCAGUUCAGCACUGUCAACCAAUAUCUCUUCCACAUCUCCAAUAUCCUAUCCAGUAUAUGAUCUACUCAUUUAUAAUGCAAGGAAAGAUAGAAACUUUAGGAUUGCCCUGUUCCUGAGACUAAAAAGUGUUCUGGGAACUGUAGACGAGAGUAAAGCUAGUCACUGUUAUUUUCUUUGUUGUGAUAUACUCGAUGCUGACAGUUUUGAAAGUAAAAAAAAUGUUGGGAUCAUAUACAAACGUUAUAGACUGGCCAAGUCUUUGAGAAAAAAGGUUGCAAGCAAUCGUAUGUUAUUCAGUGAAAAUGGGACUUCUACGAGCAAGGACAAUGGGGCUUUAAUGAUUGAGAACAAUACUGCUGAAAACACUAGCGGUAUAGUAUCAACAAAUAGUGGUGCUAUAUUAUCCAAAAACAGCACUUUGCUAAGGAUUAGAAUAAGAUACAUCUUACGCAAUAGAACUUUCUCAAUCACAAGAAAACAAAAAUCACCAACCAUAAAUGGGUUAAUGUUGUACUUUGCCAAAUCUGUACUCUCGCUAUUUAAUACGCAGCUGUUCAAGGAACUGGACGAAUAUUCUCGAAUCUUCAACAGUAAAAAGAACUUUAAACACCUUCAAUUUAAAAGCACAUGUUCAAAGUUCAAGACCAACUGCCAUUUUCUUGAAAAUUUAGUUGAAAUUUCAAGCAUCCUUAAGAAAAUACCCGUGCACCUAAGACAAAGAACCCUUAGAAUAUACUUGGAAUUAUUAAAUAGAGAGAUGUCCAAUAAUAUUUUCAAUCCACUUUGUAGUGCCAAAAAAAUACUUGGAUUCUCAUUGGAACAUGCAAAAGUGCUAGACUCGGCAGAAAACUGUCCUUUUAUUGUGAUUUGCGAGUGUGCAGAUCUGGGUAGCACUGGCCAUAGGCCGUAUAGCACAGACUUGAAGAAAGCCAAGGGCUUAGUAAGACAGCUGGAGUUUUUGAAUGAUUUGGGGGAGCUGGGAGAUGUUGAUGGGAUCAAGGAAAGUUUGGUUGUUGCCAUUGAGAAUGCCCUGUUUCAUAACUUUAUGAAUGGCGAUCCAUUAAUUGAUACAGUUUCAAUGAUAAACCUUAAUAUUAAUUCCGACAGUGCCAUGCAUACAAAUGAUGAUAUUUAUAAUAGUCCAACCAUUUCAACUGAACCUGAUGAUGGAGAAGUAGACAGAUCGCAUUUGGACAAGCACGGCUCGUUGAUCAAAGAUCGAGAAUUUGCGAACGGCUUGCAAAUAGACAUGGCAGAUUCCAUGGGUCGACCUAGAAGUGUCUGUGACAACAACAGCAGGAUGCCCAGCAACGAGGGAGAAACCAGAAAUAAUAUAGUAGAAUUUAAUAGUGGCACCAUAGAGCUUAGUAGCGAUGCUUCCAAUAAGUCAAAGCAAGACUCUAUUGAUGGUGGAGACAUUAGUCAAAUCCAUAACAUUGAAGACAGCAAAAUCUCCAACGAAUCAGAUGCCCCGACAGCCAGUGUUAAUUUAGAAAUCAUUACAACAAACCAGGAAUAUGACGAAUUGGUGGCGAAUAACUCGUCCUCAAGUAUAACCUACUCUCCUUAUAUCAAUGAAACAGCUAGUGGCUCAUCGGUUUAUCUAAGUGAUGACAAAAACGCCAGUCUUCUGUCCCGCUGGGAUGAGAGAUCGUUUUCAUCGAUCAGAGAAAAAGUCAGAAGGUCUACAAAAUAUUCAAAAUGCUCCGGAUGGACUAUCUGCUCGUUCAUUGUAAAGUCGGGGAAUGUUUUGCGGCAUGAGUACUUAGCCUACCAGGUGCUAACCCAGAUGAAAGAGAUUUUUAUUAUGGAAAACCUGCCAAUUUACAUUAGAAAUUACAAAAUCAUUCUUGUUUCAGAUACGACAGGACUGGUAGAGACAGUGAACGACGCCCAGUCGAUUCAUCGAGUCAAGUUUGAGACAAAAUUUAAGACUCUUGAGUCGUAUUUUAAGUACCUUUUUGACGGCGAUAAAUUCGAUAUUGCCAAAAGGAACUUCCUUUACUCACUCGUAGGAUACUCGUUGGCAUCAUACAUUCUUCAAAUCAAGGACAGACACAAUGGGAAUAUCUUGAUUGAUGGUUUUGGCCACAUUAUUCAUGUAGAUUUUGGAUUUACAUUUGGAAAGCAUCCGGGAAUAAUUUCAGUUGAAAAUGCACCAUUUAAAAUUUCCUCGGAGUAUCUUGAGUUGAUUGAUAUUGAAGAGUUCAAAAGCCUAUUUGUCAAAGGUUUCAAGGCCUUGAGAAAACACAACGAGAAACUGUCGAGGAUGGUUGAGAUCAUGCAGGACAGUGGAUACUAUGAAAAAAUAGCUUUUGCAGAAUUCACAGAUAGAUUAAGAUUGGCUGAUAGUGACAAGGAUCUUGAGAUCUACUGCCAGGGUCUGGUAGAUAGAUCGAUUAAAAGUAUGAGAACGAUGUUCUACGAUCAAUUUCAAUACCUGUCAAAUGGCUAUCUUUAA